AUAAUAUCAAGCCUGUAUCGACAGUUUUCUAUAAACUAGAAUAUAGAGAAACACUACCUGAAUAUGGAUUUAUUACUAGGAAUAUCUUUAUUAUUAUUGACUCUUAUUACAGAGUCUUUUGGUACAUUUUGUAAAACAAGCGCGUUAUAUAAUAGCUAUCGCUAUUGUAGCAAUGGAUGCUGUAAAUAUACAGGGUAUAAUGUGUGCUGUUCAUCAUAUUAUUAUACUUAUAACAGUUAUACCUAUCGUAGUACCUAUAGUAGUAGUGGAUUAGCAACAAGUAUUAUUUGGAUCAUAAUCUGCUCCGUAGGCUUUGUUGUCACGGUAGUAAUUGUUAUCGUUGUGAUAUGUUGUUGUCGUAGAAGACGGGGUGCUGCUGGAGCAGUUGUGCGAUCAACUCCAAUGCAACCAAUGGUUAUUUCAACUAAUAAUGUUCAGACAGGUUAUAUGCAACCUGGUAUAGCUUAUCCACAAGGUCAACCGGGGGUCAUGUAUUCACAAGGUCAGCCAUCUGAAGGAUAUCCACAGCCAGCACCGGGUUAUUCACAACAGACAACUGUCGGAUACCCACAACAAGCAGAUCCUGGAUAUCCACAACAACCGCAACCACAACAGCAGCAGUUGGAGUCCAAACCUAACCAUUAUCCAACUCAUCCCACGGCAUUGUCCGAUAACAGUGGGUUGUCAGCUCCACCGAGCUAUGAGAGUUUAAGUCCAAGUAGGGGACAGCAUAAUACUGGAUAUGUUGAUUGAAAUUACGAAACCCUGGACAGUUAAGGUCAUUUCAAAGUAAAUUCCAACUCUACACUAAUAUGCACAUGUACAUACAAUAAGACAGACCUAUAAUUUGAAAUUCAAAUGUCAAAAACCAAAUAUUUUGCGCCCUAUUAUUGUAAAAUUCAUACUAACCGUACCCACUAGAACAUAAUCGGACUAUCGGUAAUAACUGCUUGGGAAAUGUUACUUGCAGUCUGCUGAAAAUCAUUGGCUCUACAAACGAUUAGUUAAAAUGGAACUAUAACCUUCCCACUUUUUUCUUUAUUUCAGUGAAGCCUACUUUUUUUACUUAUAAAAUGUAUUUUCAUUUACAGUCUAACAUUAGAUGGUCAUUAUUUAACUUUUUUACAUUAUGAUAUAUUAUUGUGUUCAUUUAUUGAAAUACGAGUAUAUCAAUGUUGUUUAUGCAGUAAAUGUUUUUUUUGCAUUUAGCCCCUCGAUAACAUAUAGCCCUUGUACGUGCGUGUGAUUAUCGUUACACAUAAAAAGUAGACGAGGAGCAAUUUUGCAACGUUUGUCAAAUGUCGAAUAUGUUAAUUUGGUAAUAUUAGUGGCAAACUUUUGAUUUUUCGCCAGUCAAUACAAAUUAGCGCAUCCAAACAGCUUUGAUUAAAUUAGUAUGUUACAAUUAUCACUGCGACUGACAGGAAUUAAUAUUCCAUUCACAAACUAUGGUUUCCAAACACGUUUCGGAGUACAAGGACCAUUACUCCCGUCGAAUAUUUUCAGAUAUUUCAAUACCGUAUACAUUAAUGUAAACCUAUAAUUAUAUUAGCUUAUUGUUUAGAAACAGACAGAAAGUCGGUGUUUCCCAGUAUUUUUAUUAUAUUACGUCAUGCUUACGUCAUAAGUUAUUAAUAGUGACAGUGUAAAUUUUAGCCAAUCAAUUCAUUCUAAAACAUGAGACUUGGGGAAUUCCGGAAACAUAAAAAGUUGCUAUGGCGUGCGUGAACAAACGUGCAUGAUUCCUAUUAGCCUUUAAAAUAAGGAGACCAAGCCAAUUAUUAGCCCAUUCAGCUAAGUUCCCACUAUUAGACUGAGUAGAUUUGCUAAUAUUCUAGCCUAUUAUGUAUGCAUUUUAUGCCAAUUUAAUUAAUUUUCUUUGUAGACCACGUAAACCUAGGCUCAAUUGUUAACGAAGAUUUUCAUUUAUAUUUUCAAUUGACUACUAAACUACUAAAUUCCUAAUUUCUGCAAUACGAAAAUCCAUAUUUGAAAAUAAAUAUUGAAGAUUGGAA